AAACUGACAAAUGGCCGCGAGUUGAAUUGAGUCAAAUGUCAAACCGGGACGACGACGGCUAUUCGCUUUAUUUAGCAAUAAACAAAACGAUCGCGCGGUUAUCGGAUUAUUUUCACGGAUAGUAGCAUAGUGAAUUUUGUGUUUCUUUCCUUUUUUUACUGUGCCUAAUGGAUAAUAAUAGUUUCCUAUGUCAUAAUAGUGCAUAAUUUUAGUUAUUAGUACCUAGGUACCUACUAAGUUUGUUAAAUUACAUUCUCUCAUAGUCCACAGUGUUCAUUUGCACUAGGAAACGAUCAUACAAUACACUAUAGUAAGUGUUAGUAAUGCCGCGAUCGCGUAGUGGGUCUCUCGACUUGACCAAUUCUUGCGACCGUAAAAGAUCUCGAGGGCCGUCGUGCCACAGUCGUGAUUCUGGUGGAAGCCCCCCUCCGCAAUCUGACAUGUCUCGUGAUCCGUCACCUGCGCGAAGGCGUAAUAGUCGUAGUAUAUCCCCCGUCGCGAUUGUGAAAAGCGAAUUCGCUCCGAUUCUAGAGUACGGUCGUUCCCGAUCUCGCAGUCACUCUCGUUCUCGCUGUCGUUCCCGUUCUCGCGGUCGUUCUCAUUCUCGCGAUCGUACCCGGUCAAGAUCUCGCAAUUCGCGCUCGCGAGAUCCUCAUAAAUCACGUGAGCGAUCCAAACGUAGAUCACACAGUCGUAGCAGCUCUCUUAAACAAGCUUUGCACACCAUACUAUCUCGCUUAAAUGCAAUCGAAGAGAGUUCCGGUAUUGUUCCACAGACUCCACAGCAACCUGCUAGUUGCAGCACUCAAGAUGUGAAUAACCCUUCUCCAUCUACUGCGCAAUCAUUCGACGACAUCCUGAGUACGUUAAAUGCCAUAAAGCCAGAAGUCUAUGAGAUAUCAAAUUUCGACCCCGCAAUUAAUGACAUUGAGGUAUGGUGUGAAGAUGUAGAGCGGGCCAAAUUGUACAAUAAUUGGAAUGAUUAUGAGUGUCUUGCACGUGUAUCCAAUUGCCUCAUAGGUGAUGCCAAAGCUUGGUUUAGCGGGUGGGAUACUAACGAUCGAUCUUGGACAAAUUUUAAAUUACAGUUUAAGCCAUUAUGCCCCCAUAAACUCGACUAUGCCAACAUUUUGUUUGAAGUUAUCAAUUCUACUUCUGAUGAUUAUGCGUCAUACGCUGAGUAUGCUAGGCGUUCGUUGUUAAGGCUGCGUAUUGUCAAGGGUCUGAGUAAUGAACUAAUGGUCCAAAUUGUUGUGCGUGGUAUUAGUGAUGCGCAUGUUCGCGCAGCUGCCUCAAAUGCUAACUUAACAACCGACAACCUGAUGUCGUUUUUAUCAGGCUACGUUAAGCCAUUCCGCACUAAGAAUGACACGCAUACUCCCCCGUCUAACUCAUUGAAAAGGAAAAUAACCUCAAGUGAUAUAAAAUGCUUUAAGUGUGGUGCAAAGGGGCACAAGAGCUUCACGUGUUCUAAAACACUACCUGAUAACAUUUCAAAGCCGUCAGGAAGUGUUCCGAAGCCGACGUGCCAGUUUUGCGAGAAAGUCGGGCAUUUGGCAGAGAAUUGUUUCAUUAAAAAACGUCUACUAGAGGCACAUAAUCAAACGAACGAAUGUAGGGAACCCGCGGGUAGUACUGAUAGCGAUGUUAAAUGCCAUACGUGUGGUCAAACAGGGCAUAAGAGUUACGCUUGUCGUGCGGGAAGUUCUACUGAGAGCGAUUUUAGGUGCCAUAAGUGUGGUCAAACAGGGCACAAGAGCUAUGCGUGCCCUAAAAAAUUAAAUAAAGUAGUGGAAAAAAAAACGUCAGAACCAUCAGGAAGUUGCCCUAUGCCGGCGGUGACGUGUCAGUUUUGUAAGAAAAGCGGUCACAAGGAAAAAAAUUGUUUCACUAAAAAAUAUUUAGAGACACAAAAUCAAAGUAAAGUUAAAUUACUUAAAAUUAAGAAACCCAAGGGUUCAACUGAUAGCGAUGCUCUAUGCUUUACGUGUGGUAAAACAGGGCACAAAAGUUACAGUUGUCGUAAAAAUCUUAAAUCAAAACAUAAUAAUUUAAUAAAACCGCCUAUUUUGACUGAAGAUUAAGGUAAAAAGGGUACGGGACUAUAAUUGUAGAUAUAAUAUAUUAUUAUGUUUAGUAGUCAUUUUAUAGUCUAUAAUUAUACCUAACUUUGUUCUUAAUAGUGUUUGUAAAAAACAACGUUUUUGCGAUUUGUUACAUGGCAGUUACUACCUUCUCGAUAUAAUAAGAAAAGAAAUGUUUUUUUUAAGUAUACCUUAAUUUGUUAUAUUAUUUAACAGUAAGUACCUACUAGAUAUUUGCCAAAUUUUAUAGCUGUUUGUAUUUGGAAAUACAUUUCAUUGUAAGUAAAUUUUAUUUCAGCUAGAAAUAGCGUUUUUUUCUGAAUGGUACCUACUGGUGAAACCAUCCAUGCCGUGUCGAUGCUUUUGGUCUUUUACCAAUUCAAUAAUAGUAGCUACAAUGUACCUAACUUGUGAGAAAUUUAAUUAUUAUAUUUGAAUUUGACUCAUUUCAACUAAGGUGACUAGUUAUAUUGUCACUAGUUCGACAUUUGGCUGUGGAGGUUGCUACAAGUCUUGGAAGCAGAAAUUGGGAAGCUUGGCGUGAGGUCUGCCGGAGCCGUGCAACUGAGCUUCUCAAAAGGAAGCAAUUUCAUCACGAUUCACGUGUGAAUCAAUACUAACGAUGUCUAAAGAUGUUUAAAAAAACAUUUUUUUUUGCUAUUUGUGAUCAAGAAUUCACAGAUCACGGGGACUUGAGACUCCAGGGUGAGGGGUCCAAACAAAAUCAUGACAUUCUUACCGAUUGACAGAUACGAGCUGAAGUUAUCUGAUGCCCGAGACAAUACCACUCAGGCCGUGGCUCCUCACUAACACGGUGUUGUCGAAAAGAGAAAUGGUGUCCUGAAACAUGUUCAACCUUUUUCAAUGUGAGAACAAUAACGACGAUGCGCCGGCAAUGGCAGGACCGUCCAGAGAACCACUUACAAGCCAAUAAGAAGAUCCAACAUGGAAUCCCAUCACUUAUAGCAGUCAGGAGAAGCCGUAUUAGUUUUUAAUAUGUUUCUUUCUUUAGAUUAUUUUGCCUUAUUGUUUCCUGUUGUGAAUAAUUUGUUUCAUAUUAUUAUAGGACAGUGCGUUGGUAGUUUUAGUACCUAGUUUAUUAAAUGUGUAAUAUAAAUAAAUAAUUAGUAAGGAA